ACUCAGGCACGUUCGUUCGUUGUCGUCGUCGUCAAAGAGCGUGGCCUCCGAAGUGAAACUAUAUAACAGGCGACGUUUCGGAAAGCGGCUCCUUCCUCGGAGCUUUUUUGGCGGUGACCUGCACAAAGGUGGAAAGUUUCGUCGGCCAUCUUACGUGGGGAUACCCCUCCGUUACAGGGGAGGGGAAGGGUGCCCCCCCCCCCCGCUACCGACCCACUGCGAUGACGUCACGUCGCUUAGCAAACCAACCCCGUUACACAUCCCUACGCAAGAUGGCCUCGUGUGCGAGUCACUCGCCUCUCCCCCCCCCGUCAAGGCGAGCAGCCGUGCCUUCUCCAUGCCAUCUCCAUCGAAACACGCUGGAACUAUUAAACGUGUCAUGUGUGGAGUGGGUGGAGUGCGCUGGGCGUUUCGCACGGCGAACUGGCAGCCCACACGCUCCGACUGGCUCCUGGCCACUCGCUGCAUUCAGGCAGAGGAGAGGCAGCGCGUCUCCGAAUUCGUCUUCGUCGAGGAUGCCAAAGCGGCAAUGGCUGGCCGUUUACUUCUGCGGAAGGCGAUCGUGGAGGUGUUGGGUCUGCCAUGGGAGCGCGUUCACUUGGGCCGUACCGCCCAGGGAAAACCCGUGCUGCUAACCUCUGACCCUCACCCUGUUUUCGACUCUGAAAACGUCACGGAGCGUGGCCUGGACUCGGUUGAAUCCCUGGGCUUUAACGUCUCCCAUCAAGGGGACUUCACUGUGCUGGCUGCAGAGCUUGGACAUACCAUUGGGGUGGACAUCAUGAAACAUCAGCUGAGAGGUCGGCAGACCACGGAGGAGUUUUUCAGACUGAUGAGCCGGCAGUUCACGCCACUUGAGUGGAGAACCAUCCGCAGCGGAGGCAGUGACUGGGAGAAGCUUGGGCUCUUCUACAGACACUGGUGUCUGAAGGAGAGCUACGUGAAGGGUGUCGGUGUUGGACUCGGCUUGAACCUGCAGCGGAUAGAGUUUCGACUGGGAUCGCCGCGUGUCGACAUGUCGGCCGUGACGCAGGACACCAGGCUCUUCGUUGACGGUGCUGAGGACACCGGGUGGCUCUUUCAGGAGACGAUGCUGGAUGAAUCCCACUUUGUAGCUGUGGCUGUGGAUCGACACUCAGCCGUGUGCCAGACAUCCAAAGGUCACAGGCGUAGCGAUGAAUCACCGUGCGUGCGGCCGUUCGUCUCGCUCACCUUCCAAGACCUCAUGUCGACGGCUGCCCCCUUGUCCCUUGAAGAACCAGAAUUCUGGGAAAAUUUUCAAGCAAAAAAUCUCAAAAUGUUCGACACGUAGGGAGGAAUAAACACAAACGUGCGUUCCCUUGUUGAGAUGCGUUCGUCACCUGUUAGCGCUUUUCAAAUCCAAAUUAUAUUUUAUUUUCGUGCCCCUCUUACAAUCGGGUGGUGUGUUGAAAGCCUCCAUACUUUUCUUAUCACAGGUAAUUAAUGUGACAUUCUUGGCUUCCUUUCACCAUUGCCUCGGGAUGUAAAAAAAAUACCUUGCGGAUAAUUAGCAAGGUAAUAAUAGAUGGCCACUGAUUAGGCAAGUGCAGGAUAUGCUCUUUUUUAAUUAGGUUUGUUUACCAAUGAUGGGGUUGCGAAAGAGGGUUACGGUUAGGUCCGUGUUAAGGUUAGGCUGAAGGAAUGUGAUCAUUUACCAACUUUGCUAUGCAAAGUGUCAAGUGCAAGCAAGAGCGAGUUGUGGUUAUUUGAGCGUAUUCAUCAGUGGAGUAAUACAAAACUAGAAUUCUGUUUUUAUUGGGUUACGCCGCCCAUGGGAGUCAAGAGAUUACACAUGCUCAGUGACUUCUUUUAUUGAGGCUAAACAGAAUUUUUAUUAAAUGUUUUGCAGUCUGAGCUUUGUUCGAAGUGCACCGGUAAAAUGUCAGUUCUCGGAAGGCAACGUUGAUUUUGCAGUUUUGUUCACAUGCCCUUGGAUAUAAAUACUCCUGUGAAUCAAUUCUGCCGAGCAUACCUUUUGUGUUCCAGCGUCAUGGCUGAAUUUCAUAAGGGAUCAUUUCCAGAGGUCUGAGUUCUCUGCAAGCCUGUGGGACUUGGCUGCAAUGCAGCGUGUCAUUUAUCUGGGUCGUGGCAGGCAAGGAGAUAGUUGGCACAGUACACGGGAAGCUGAGUGCUAUUAUAAUUAAGUUGUAUCCUUUGGGGCAAUGCCGAUGUUUGUUUAAAAAAUUUGUCACGUCGAAAUUCUUCACCAGAUGUCUGCCGUUCUAAUAGCUUUUUUCAUAUUGCUGAAAUAAUAAAGCUGAAAUGAAAUGGAAGGCCUUUUAUUCAAUUCAUAGUUAGAUUGUCAAUCCCUGUGUACGGUAUAUAUGUAAUGUUAAAUGGAGACUACGAGAAGGAAUUGGUCUUGAAUGGUGCCUAUUUAAAACACCUCCCUGCUCAAAUGAGUUAUGGGGCUGCACUCAUCUCUUAGUGUCAGAGGCCCGUUUCUCCACAGGAUGACCACUGGUUGAAUUAUCACACGGUUGUACUCGAGCUGACUGGAAUUUGAACUGGAACCCAUCUUUUGGUGACCAGAAUGCUGAUAUCACAACACCAUUGGUGACUAAGCUCUACAUUGGUAUGGGACCACUAGAGUAAUUAUGGUACAAUGUAUAAUAAUGACAAUUUACAGCACCUUGUCAAUCCACUGCUGGAUGAAGGACUACUAGCAGUUGUGUAGGUCAUGGGGGUUUGUUUGACCAUAUUUCACCACAGUGGUCAAUUUGUGUUUGUGAAGGCGAGACUCGGCACUGGUUCAGAUAUCGCUCACCAUUGAUGUUACCCAUGUCUAGGAAUUCAGGAUAUAUUUAUAACGAAGGAAUCCAAUGAGCUAUAACGCUCUUUUUCACAGAUGUCCGGUAGUGGCGGAUUACAAAGUUACAACAACAGACUAUGAAAACACGAUAGGAGUGCAAAGUAUAGAAAAGGUAAGGAAAUCAUGAAAAAAAUAUUUUACCAGGUAAAGCCCACUGAGCUAUUAGCUUCUUUUUUAGAAGCGACCUGGCCACAAAUGAUAGCUCAAUGAAGUGGCUUAUCAUGUGGAAAUUAUAACUGCCAAAUUAUCUAAAACAACGCAUGCUGUUGAUUGUAAAUGUGGAGGGAAAGCCACGGGGAAAGAGACAUGCAAACUCCAAAUAUAUAGGCGUCAGAGCCGGGAUCAAACCCACGACCUGCAUACCAGGCAAGGAAGAUGAUAUCUCGCCACUGGUAGCCCUUAUGAGCCCGCAAGGCCUAAAAAUCGCUGACGAGUUGUCUACACGAUUGCGGAAUGCACUUUUAAAAUGGCCACAAGCUCUAGACAACAACAUUGAAAUUAGGUUUCUGGCUUCAUAGUUAAUCACGGUUUCACUGCUAUCCCUGUAGUACCUUACUAAAAUCCUCAUGGAUGCAUAUUUAAGGAAUGAAGCGAUUCAUAAUUAUGGACCACAGUAAU